AAACAAACAUGGCGUUGAAAUAUUGCAAGAUGUAAACAUGAGAGGCACACAGAACUGACUGUGUUUUCUUACCUUACUUCUAUAAAAUUAUAUAUGUUUUUCUUCCAGUCACAAUAACACUUAACAAUGCUAGAUCUUGAAGUAGUUCCAGAACGAUCUUUAGGCAACGAACAAUGGGAAUUCGUUUUAGGAAUGCCGUUCUACCAAGCAGUGAGCAUCCUAAGGCGCCAGGACCGUGUGAUCAAAGGAGUUCAAGUAUGGUACAGUCAGCAGUAUCCACUGCAGAUGGACCUAGUACUUAACCUGUCUCAUGAUGGCAUCAGACUCAUCUUUGAUCCUGUUUCACAGCGACUCAAGAUAAUGGAAGUAAACAAUAUGAGUAAAGUGCGACUGAAAUAUUGCGGAGUACAUUUCAACUCUCCACAAGUUCAGCCCACUAUAGAACAGAUUGACCAAUCAUUUGGGGCUACACACCCAGGAGUUUACAACUCCGACAAACAGCUGUUUGUUUUGAACUUCAGAGGUCUCUCCUUUGAUUUUCCUAUUGAGUCCAAGUUUGAGCCCAAGUAUGCUCACGGCUUGGGCUCUCUCCAGUUUCCUAACGGGUCCUCACCUGCCGUGUCCAGGAUGUGUGUAUACACCGGCAACAGUCUACUUGACACCAAAGCUCCUCCAUUACCAAUCAUCUGUUUCCAAGGCAACUGUUUUGUGGAAUGUGUGGAGGUCCUCCGAGACCAUGGAGUAUCCAAGGGACUCAAGUUUUUACUGCUCACAGAAGGUAAUGGUCCCGGGAAGGUUAUGGACCCGAGGAAGAAAUCGUUAGAGAGGAUGGUCAUGUUUGGAGAUUCCUGUCAGGAUGUGUUUGGGUCCCUUGGGUGUCCCGGGAAGGUGUUCUACAAGGCUGAGGACAAGAUGAAGAUACACUCCCCCGACGCCCACAGACGCCUGCAAUCUCGUUGCUCUGACUACUUCUUCAAUUAUUUCACUAUGGGCGUGGACAUCCUAUUUGAUGCCACAACUCAUACUGUGAAGAAGUUCAUCUUACAUACAAACUUCCCCGGGCACUACAAUUUCAACAUGUAUUACCGCUGUGAGUUUAAGAUCCCUGUAGCUGUGGAAAUGGUGAAGCCCAAACUGGUCCAGACAGAUGAUAGCUCUGAAGAGGAGGUGGUCAUCACAGCCUACUCUAAGUGGGACACAGUCCAGGACUACCUAGUGAGGCCUGACCAGCGUCCAGUGAUCCUCAACCGGUCAUCCUCCACCAAUACCAGCAAUCCGUUCGGCUCCACCUUCUGUUUUGGGGUACAAGACAUGAUAUAUGAGGUGAUGCAUAACCAACACAUAGCGUCUGUAACAAUCUACCAGAGUAAGACGGGGUCGACUCGAGACAUUGGCUCCUGAUUGGCUAGCGAGGGAUUUGACAGAAUACCCAAGUCGACCAGUGCAAAUGUGUGUGCUAGGCUCAACCAGUGUAUUUGUUUACUGGGGUCAGCUGGUGCAUUUGUGUUCUGGAGUCACCUUACACAUGUGUUUUGGGUUCAGCCAGUAAAAUUGAGUGUAUAUGGGUCAACUUGUGCAUUCAUGUAUCAAGUUUUACAUGUAUGUUGGUCCAACAAUGAAUGUGUGUACUCGGGUCAACCAGUUCACGAGUAUUGGGGUCAUCCUGUGAAUGUGUGGCUAGUUCAACCGUAAUAUAAAUGUGACACUUCAUUGAUGGUAUAGUGUUGUGUUAAACAGGGCCUCUUUCGUUUAUCGCGAUCCAAACGGUUGAACCGGUUAAACCGGAGUUGUUUGUUUAUUAAAGAAGGUCGGACCUAGUAGUCGGAUGCUGCUUUCAGGCGAGCCUUGACAAAGCCUUACAAGGCCUGCAGAAACAUUUGCAGGUUCGCCAGGAUUUAUACCCGAAAAUGUUACUUUCAAAAACAGACAAACCAGUUGUUCUGAGAUAACUUAAUGCCAUGUGAUAGGUAUUUUCACAUAAAUCUUCAUCAAGGAUUUCCAGUAUAUCACAAGAACAACUUUUCAUACACACUGUAAGACAUAUACACUCAUUGAAGCUGGAAGUAGUAUCCUUGUCAAUAGGUACAGAUACAUUUAACUGUGAAACUAAGUGUGAGUGACAUAACAUACUGGAUACAAUUAGUACGACCACCGUAUACGUGUGAACUAUUGACUAGAAUACCUGUAGGGUACAUAAGACACAUGAGAACAGGUAUAUCAUAGAACCAACUACAGCAUGUGUUCCAAUGCCCUAACACUGUCCUAGUUCCUUUUUGCGUUCAGACAGCCAACACAUGUCAGACAUACUGCCUUUUUAUUAUUGGACAAAGUUGGACCUAAAUUCAGGGUCAUAACUUUACUAGAGUAUUUCAAUUAUGUAUUUCAAUUUGGCUUUUACGCUCCGUAACACAAUUUUACUUAGAUUCCAUCUCCCUUGUCUUGAAUUUCUUUAUUGUAUCAUUAUUAUUGUCAUUUUAAUUUUGGAAAUUAGAAACAGUGCAUAAAUUCAUAAUACAUUGAAGCUCAUUGAUAUAGAACUCUAAAAAGUAAAAAUUACAAAAGCAGUGAGAGAAAAACUGGUUUUCUUCCAUGGAACAUCAGAGAGCAGAAGUUGUUAUCCAUUGAAUUAGAGCCCUGUACUUAUGAAAGUGCUAGCUAUGGUCAACAGAUAUAAAUACCUGUAGCUGUAAGUACUGUAACUCUUCAGCUUGUAUAUACUUUGACUGACAGCCAUAGAACAGGGGCCCAUUGUUCUUUGAAAAUUGUAGUUUCAACCUGGGCAAGAGUAACAACUUUGAACUCUUGUAAAUUCUUUUUCUGAUAGAUUUUUACAUUGUUUGAUACACCAUGACAUUCAUCUUUAACGUGAUGUGGACACGCCAAAAGAUAAUGUUUAAUCCGAGUUUACACAGCGCACGAUCAACAUUCAAACACAUGAACAUAAUUGUAUGUAUCGGCACUUUGUACAACUUCCAUGUAUAAAAGUAAUCCAACCAUCUACAAGUACUUUAUUUAUAAAUGCUUGCUAAUCUGAUGUUGGAUAAUCUAGAAGAAUGUCAAGUUAUCAGUGUAAAGUUGUGAUUCUAGUGAAGUUUGAACCUCGCAAGUUUCAUGGAGGCAAUAGGCUAUCUGUCUGGCUGUCAGUCACUGGCCAAUGGGCUCAGUACCUGCAGCUGGAUACACCCCCUGUACCUAUUGAAGGGCCUUAGCCUUCACAAGCUGUAAGCACCUAACUGCCAUUAAUGAUAUUUUUGUCUGUGAUUUAAGUUAUAUGUAAUGUAAUAACAUUCUUUGAAGAGUCAUGGACGUAAAAAUUCACCGAGAAGCUUGGAAUGGACCGUGUAGAUGACUCGAGUAGAAAUGAUGGCCUGUAUAUGAUGUAUUGAUCAAUUUAUUUAUGUUGCUGCAGUAAAUUAUGUUAACUAUUAUACAGGAAAAAAUGUCAGUAACAACCUUGUUUAUUGUAAAUUCUGAUUAUUUAAAAAGGGUAUUUUUACUAUAUCCAAUGGACGGAAAACGAAAUUGAGUCGAGUUGGUUAUAACUUACAAUUUAAACAACUGUAUUUUAAACUCUAUUUACAAUGUACUUCAAUUCCUUAUUUGGAGCAAAACAUAUAAUUUGUUGUUUUUAUAUGAUCAUAGCUUGAAUACUGGCCAGCUCAUUGAAUUAAAAUAUACAUAUAUAAAUUGACUGUAGAGCUAUUAUGUUCACCAUUUUAUCUUCAUUAAAAUUUUAUUUAUUUAUUAUUGUACAUAAAAGCAUUUUUUUUAUUCUUUACUGUAAAUAUUUUAUAUAUUAUGAAUUCUUCCCGAACAGGGAAGCUAUUUGUGUAAUACAAUGAUGUAAUGUUUGUCAAAAAAUAAGGAGGGAAUUUGUGAUAAAGUAUUGCUCAAACAUACAUACCGGUAUCAUAAAAUCUGAGCUCCAGCAACCUUCUCUUUUAAAAUACAGUAUAAUUGAGAAACCUGUACAAACUAUUAAGCAAUGUCUCGCAGGGUACAUGUCUGUGUUAUUGAAUCUGUUUAAUUUUAGACAGGGUUCACUGUAAAGCGUGAUAUCAUAUAUAUUGAAUAUCUGAAGCUAAAGGACCUGUCAGCCUUGUGUGACAGGUGUGACUGUCCAUCUCUCUCGAUCUCUGAAAUGAUUUUUUAUCAUGUGCUACAAUACUUGUGUUACCUAUUAUCAUUAAACCACUCCAGCUUUUUUUAAGGCUACACAUUUUAUUCUUUACUUAUCAAGCUGUUAUGUGGUUUACAGAGGACCCUUAUAUAAAAACUCUUACUUCUGUAGGCCAUAAUGUGCUCAUCCAGAUCAAUGCUUGGUAGGGUUUACUAAAUUUAAAUAGGGGUAAAAGGGUUAAUACCGAGUAGUAAUCUGAUUCCCAGUAAUGAGUAUCCUCUGGAUUCCAGUAACCUCUGAAUUACCUGGAGGUCAGUCCUCUCUGGAAUCUUGUAACUUCCAAAGUCCAGUAAUCUGAAAAAGUCCCUAUUGGUCAGAGUUUAAAGUAACAAGUCCUGUUUCAUUUGUCCAUAACAUCAACAUGCAUCUGGACAAUGAGGUUCCAUUGUACGAGUAAAUUAAUGAGACAACAGGUAAGUAAUGCCAUGAUAUAAACUUAUAAUUCCGUCACAAGACAUUUUAAUAAUACUCCGAUAUGUAUGUAUAUGUCAUCUUGAUAACGUAAUACAUGUACAAUCUAAAUUGUUAAUGUUUCAUGAGCGAGCUGUUUAAUGCAAUAAAGUCAAUAAUUA